GGGCCGGCAGGAUCCGGCAAGUCCAGUCUCGUUCGAGAACUUGCAAGCAUGUUUGCGUUUGACGAACACACCGCAGCUCACCAUGACGAUCAGCUGCUAGAGAUUCAUGUCGAUGAAGAAACGGAUACAAAAACUUUAGUUGGAUCAUACACUACGACCGACGUUCCCGGCGAGUUUGAGUGGAGACCAGGCGCCUUGACGAGAGCGAUUCGAUCUGGUAAAUGGGUACUGUUGGAGGACUUGGAUUCUAUUCCCAUUGAGAUCCAGGCUUCGUUAGUGCAGUUGUUAAAAAGUAGACUGUUGCCACUAGGGAACGGAAAAGUCGAGCGAUGUCACCCAAACUUUCGUCUUUUCGGAACGUUGACUAUUCUGCCCGAUGUGAUUCAUCCAGGAUCAGUCGGUGGCAAACGAAUACUGAGCCCCACGAUGUGGAGACAUAUACGAAUAGAACCUCUGCCUCUUUCGGAGCUGAAAGAAAUCGCUGUUUCGAUGCACAAAGAGGUCCCCGGCUUCGUUGUUGACUGUGUUUUGAAAGUCUUUACUGCCCUCGAUCAAAGUGGUCGAACAACCGCAAUAGAAGACGAUUUUAUGGACGGCCUCCAACUCUUGACACGGGCAAUAAUUGGAAGAAAUCCUUCAGUUCGGGAUCUUUUUAAAGUUCUAACCCUUUGCUUGGCCGAAACGUAUGAUAUUUUUGUCGCAGCUUGCCCUGAUCGGAAUUUUAAAGAAGAAUGUCUCAGAAGUAUUUUUGCACCAACUUGGGGGGUGUCGGCUGACUUGGCUCUAUCUUACAUUGAUAGAAGGCGGCCGGAACCUGUAGUUUACCCAGCGUACACUGAAGUUGGUAGAGCAAGAAUACCUAUUCCUGAGCUUUAUAUUCGGCCGAACACUGACAAAGAAACGUUUGCUCAAACAAGCUAUGCUCUUCGCUUGAUGGAGUCGAUCGGAGUCUGUAUCGCGGAAAAUGAGCCAACUCUUUUGGUCGGUGAAACCGGCUGUGGGAAGACAACAAUCCUACAGCAUCUCGCGAGACUUUCUGGAAGAGAUCUUGUUGUACAAAAUCUCUCUUUGCAAACCGAUUCAACAGAUCUUCUCGGUGGAUUUCGACCGCUGGAGAUACAGCAGGUGGCUCGAAGUGUAUACCAGAAUUUUGUAGACCUUUUCACGUCUUCUUUCUCUAGAAAGCAGAACGCUGAUUUCCUGGCAUUUACCUCUGAUGCAAUGAAAAGAGGGAACUGGAAAAGAUUGUCUCAAUGCUUCAGAAAAGCAGCCAAGCUUGGAAUAGAUAAGGUCAAAGAACGAAGCUGGGAUUCCGAAUCGUCUUCGGUGGCAGCUUCCUGGAGACGUUUUGAGAAGAGCACUGGGCGUUUCGAGCAGCAACGACUUGCUUGCAAUUCAGGGUUGGCCUUUGUCUUCGCGGAAGGUGCGCUAAUAGAGGCUAUUACAAGAGGGAAGUGGGUAUUGUUGGACGAGAUCAACUUGGCCAGUUCGGAAACGCUUCAAAGAUUGUGCGGGCUGCUUGAUGAUCCGACCAGCAGUAUCACUUUGACCGAAAGAGGUGAUGGUGAACCCGUCGAACGGCACCCUGACUUUCGGUUAUUUGCAGCAAUGAACCCAGCAACCGAUUCAGGAAAGAAAGAUCUGCACGCUAGUAUCCGGUCUCGAUUUACAGAGUUGUACGUAGACGAAUUGCUCGAUCCGCUGGAGCUAAGGGUGGUUGCCGAACGCUACAUUUGUGCAGUUCUUCCGGUGACUGACACACCUCCUGAACACACGGAGACUGUGGUCAAGGCCGUUGAUGUAUAUCUCGAAUGCCGUUCACUCGCGGAACGUGUCUUGGUCGACGGCAGUGGUCAAAAACCUAGAUACACUCUUCGCACUCUAUCAAGAGCCUUGACUGCAUCCCAAAUCUACGUUCUUCAGCAAAAGCUCCCACUCCAGCGAGCACUUUAUGAAGGCUUUGAACUUGCAUUCCAGGGCCCGCUAAGUCAGACUUCACUGAAACCUUUUUGUGAUCUUCUCACCCAAGCAUUUGCUUCCGGGUUGAAAAAGGAAGAGAUGGAUCAUCCCGGUCGUCGACCAGGAGGAACCGCUGCAGUAGAUCGCUUCGCACUAAUUAAACCUUUUUGGAUUGAGAAAGGUCCCCUGGAGUCGAUAGAUUGGUCGGAGCUCAACAGUAAUGCCAGGUCAAAGUUUGUUUUGACACGGAGCACCACUAACAAUUUACGUCGACUCGCCCGGGCAGUAGCAUCAGGGCCUUGGCCGAUUCUUUUGGAAGGGCCCACUAGCGCCGGGAAGACAUCCUUGGUGGAAUACUUAGCGGCACGUUGUGGUCAUCACGUUAUUCGUAUUAACAAUCACGAACACACCGACGUGCAGGAGUAUACGGGGAGCUUUGCCGCCGACUCGAGUGGUCGUCUUGCUUUUCAAGACGGCUUACUCGCCUUGAAUCGUCUUUUGGAUGACAAUAGAGAGCUUUAUCUCCCUGAAACCAACGAGACUGUCCGUCCUAAACAUGGAUUCAGGCUUUUUGCGACACAAAACCCAAGCGGCGUAUAUGGAGGCAGAAAACCGCUUUCUAGGGCCUUUCGAAAUCGAUUCACUGAACUUCACUUGGACGAUAUUCCUAGUAGCGAAAUGAUUACCAUUCUAGAGAAACGGUCCGGAUGUCCACCUCAACACGCCAAGAUUUUAGUCUCAAUCAUGGAUGCUCUUCGACUGAAGCGUAGUAAAAGUGGAGUGUUCUUGGGAAAGAACAGCUUCAUUACUCCACGGGACCUGUUGAGGUGGGCAGAGCGACAUGCAACCGGGAAGAUUGAACUAGCCCACGAAGGUUUCAUGCUUUUGGGAGAGCGGUUGCGGACAAGGGAAGAAAAGGAUUGUGUCCGAGAAGAAAUUGAGAAACAUCUAAACGUAAAAAUCGACCUGGAGACACUCUACUUCAGUGAGUCCUCGGAAGCGAGAUCAGUUCUCCACCCUACGAUCGCCCCGACGAGGUCUUUGCUGAGGCUAGUCACGUUGGUGCUCCGCUGUGUCAGGCAACGUGAACCAGUUCUUCUCGUUGGAGAUACGGGAUGCGGAAAAACAACAGCGGUUCAGCUUCUCAGUUGUGUAUUGGAGUCCGAACUUCAUACCAUCAAUUGUCACGCCACAACCGAAACCUCUGACCUUUUAGGUGGGUUGCGGCCUGUUAGAGAUCUGGCUCGGGCAUACAAUGCUUUGUUUGAAUGGUCCGAUGGUCCGCUUGUGAAAGCGGUCAAGGCUGGAGAUAUGAUCCUGCUCGAUGAGAUAAGUCUUGCCGAAGAUGCAGUUUUGGAGAGACUGAAUUCGGUGUUGGAACCAUCGCGCACCCUCGUUCUGGCGGAGAAAGGCUCAGCAGACGACGUUGAGAGUCGAGUUCUCAUCGCGCACGAAUGCUUUCAGCUUUUCGCGACCAUGAAUCCUGGGGGGGAUUUUGGAAAGCGUGAGCUCAGCCCGGCACUUCGAAGUAGAUUCACAGAAAUUUGGGUACCUGCUGUUACGGAUAGUGCCGAUAUUGAUUUUGUCCUAGAGCGCUCCCUAGCACAAAGUGCUUUCGAGGAAGGGACACGAAAUGACGUAAAGCGGAAAAUGAUAGAAUACUUCAACUGGUUCAAUGAACACCUCUGUACCGAUCCUUCGCGUCCCUAUGCCGAACUGGCGCUUUCUCUCCGUGACAUCUUGACGUGGGCAGCUUUUAUUACAGCUUGCACGCAGGCUGGCGACGACCUUGACAUAUGGGGAAUAUACUACCACGGCGCUUGUCUUAUGCAUUUGGAUGGGCUGGGACUCGGAACUGCACUUGCCUCGCACGAUUCCGCAUCGGCCAAAAAUAAAGCCAUUGAAUUCUUGAUGGAACAUGUUCCAGUAGAUAAAAGGUCAACGCUUGGUGUGAUGACGAAUGGCUUCAAUGUUCUGGAUGCAAAAUUUGGUUGCAAUACUUUCCGUAUUCCGGUCGGUCAAGAUCAUGUUGCGGAAGCUGACUUCAACUUGGAGGCUCCGACUACAUCUGUAAAUAUUUUCCGAAUUCUCCGGGCAAUGCAACUUUCAAAGCCAGUACUGCUCGAAGGAUCCCCGGGGGUGGGAAAGACGACGCUUGUGGCUGCGCUGGCAGCAGCUUCCGGGCAUAAGCUUGUGAGAAUCAACCUUUCCGACCAAACCGACAUUUCCGAUUUGUUCGGCAGCGAUCUCCCUGUUCCGGAAAAGGAUGCGUCCGGGAAUAACUCAGCCUCCUUUAGUUGGUGUGACGGCGUUCUACUGUCCGCUAUCAAAAAGGGAGACUGGGUGCUAUUAGAUGAAUUAAACCUAGCGUCUCAGGCGGUGCUGGAAGGUCUGAACAGCUGUCUCGACCAUAGAGCAAGUGUUUACAUUCCGGAACUAGGUAGUUCUUUCAGAUGUCCUGCGUCCUUCCGAAUUUUUGCCGCACAGAACCCGUUGGCACAAGGUGGAGGGAGGAAAGGCCUUCCUAAGUCGUUUUUGAAUCGGUUCACCAAGGUUUUUGUUGAUUCUUUAACAGACGACGAUCUUCGCGUUAUUUUGACAGCAAAAUUUCCAUCAUUGGAUGAAAAGCUCAUCGACCGUGUGAUUGCAUUUAACAGUCGGAUAAACUGUGAUGUUGUUCAAGAUCGCCUGUAUGGUCAGUCCGGUGCACCGUGGGAGUUCAAUUUGAGAGACGUUUUUCGAUGGUGUGAGCUGCUACGAUUUGAUCUUUUCGGGCAAAUAUCAAUUUCCCUUCCUCUGGUGCUUGCCCGAGACCUGUAUUUUCAACGUUUCAGAGCACAACAUGACCGGGAAAUUGCGAAAGAACGUUAUCUGUCAAUCUUCGGAUCCGUGGAUCAGAAGGACCCCAGAUGUAAACUAGCAACGACUCCGCUCGAAGUCCUUGUGGGUAGUGUCAGAUUAGCACGGUUGCGAGGUCCGGAUAUCACACGCGGUCCCUAUGUCGUAGAGAGUCCGCUUUCGCUCAUUCACUUUCAAGCACUCGAAGCGGUAGCUCGAUGCAUUUCAAAAAAUUGGCCUUGCCUACUUGUAGGGCCGGCGGUAGUGGGGAAGAGCUCGACAAUUGGUUGCCUCGCCGAAUUAACAGGGCGAAAGCUAGUCGAGAUAUGUCUGUCUCCAUCCUCUGACGUUUCUGAGCUUGUGGGGUGCUUUGAGCAAGUUGAUGGACUUGAGGACUACAGGGUAGCGUUCGCGUCUAUCUGCCGUGUGGCUGAGGAAUAUCUGCUGCUUGGCGGAUCGGAGACUGAAAAACUCAGAUCUAGAGUCGAUCUGAACCCCAUCGUAUGGGAUGAUCUGGCGGCUUCUCGCGAUCUUUUGCUCAAUUACAAUGGAAAAAUGUCAACGAUAGGCGGUCACUUUGUUUGGAAAGACGGUAUUCUUAUCGAAGCGAUGGAAAAGGGUUACUGGCUUCAUUUAAAGCAUGUCAACCUUUGCCCAGCUUCGGUGCUUGAUCGUUUGAAUUCUGUGAUGGAACCAAAUGGAAGUUUGUUGUUGGCAGAGUGCAGUUCAGCGGGGGAGGACGGAGGAACAAGGCAUCGUCAAGUCCAUUGCCACCCUGACUUUCGGAUCUUUCUCUCUAUGAAUCCUGAAUAUGGGGAGGUUUCAAGGGCGAUGCGGAACAGAUGCGUGGAGAUAGCGUUGAUGGACCACCCGGCUCUGGCAUAUGAGGG